AUGAUAGCCGUUCUUAACUGGCUAAAGGAAAAAAAGGACAUGGAAGCUAGGCCUGUUAUCUCGGGCAAGCCAUGGGGGAAGGCUAGGCUGAACCGUACGCGGCGACACGUACGCGACGGCAUCCCGACAGAGGACGCUCGCCUGAUGAUACAGCGUUUACCUCGAGAGGUGACUAUCGAGGUUCUUGAUGAAGAUAACAUCUGGGUACCGUACAAAGACCAGAACACUAUCACGGAUGAGAACUUGACACUCCCAUCGCCCAAGAAAGACGGGCAGCUCACUGAACCAAGCGAUUCGCUGGCGACUGAGCAGCUAUACGAAGCAGAAGCCUCUGACCCGAGAGUCGAAUGGGGAGGAGGAGGUGGGGCCGGAUUCUUCUCGCCCAUCUGUUCGGAUACCACAUCUCUCAUGGAAAGGUUCUUGAGCAAUACUGUCGAUCUCUCUUAUUGUCUACUUGAAUCUCCGGAAUGCAGUCUGAGUAGUCGGUUUUCAAACAUGAGCUUGGGUUCGAAACCUCGAAAAUAA